AUGGCUUCAUCAGAAGAAGAACUCCCUAGUGAAAUGCUCGCCGUUCAAGUCGUCAAUUACAAUGCACCACUCGCAAUCCAAAAGGUCCCGACACCCACCAUUUCCAAACUGGGUCCGCACGAUUUGAUUUUGCGUACGGCUGUCGCUUCACUCUGCCACACGGACCUGAUGGUCCUCGCGGGGGUGUUCGGGUCGACGUUACCCAUCACCAUGUCCCACGAGGGGACGGGCGUGGUGGUGGCCAAGGGGGAGGCGGUCCGAGAUUUCAAACCGGGCGACCGGGUCAUGACGGGCAUCAAACUACACGCGUGCGGGAAAUGCGUCAACUGCACCGCCCCUCCCGACAGGAACUGGAGUCAGUACUGCCUCGAGAGCGACGGGGCCACCGGGAUCAAAUCCGACGGCGCCUUCGCCGAGUACCACGUCGCGGACUCCCGGGAGAGUUGCGUCGUGCCCGACGCCGUGUCGUUUGUGACCGCGGCCCCUCUGGCCUGCGCCGGGUUGACCGUCUACCGGGCCCUGGCGGUCAGCGGGGUCGAGGCGGGAGGGUGGUUGGCCAUCGUCGGGGCGGGAGGGGGCCUGGGCCACUUCGGGGUCCGGUUCGCAAAGGCGAAGGGGAUCAACGUCGUCGCCGUCGACGCGAGGGACGCGGGGCUCGAGAUCGCACGUGCCGCGGGGGCGGACCACGUCCUGGACGCCCGUCAACCCAAGACGAGCGUCGUGGCCCAGGUUCGUAACCUCACCCCGGACGGGCUCGGGGUCGAGGCGACCGUCAACGUCAGUGACCACCCUUCCACCGCCGCCCUUUCGGUCGCCAUCACCCGCACGCACGGCACCGUCGUCCAGGCCGCCCAACCCGAGGAGAUCACGGUCCCCUUUCAGGACGUCGUGCUGCGGGACGUGACCAUCAAGGGGACCAUGUACGGAGAUUGUGACACGGCUCGGGAGAUGCUGGACGUCGUCGCCAGACACGACAUCCGCGCCGAGACCCAGGUUUUCAACGGCCUCGGCGAGGUCCCCAAGAUGGUGGAACUCUUGGAAAAGGGAGACGUCAAGGGCAAGGCCGUUUGUGUCGUAGACGGGACUUUGGUUUGAAGGAGUUCUCAUGCACAGACGGUCAACCAUGCCGAUGGCCUUUUAUUGCGCUUUCUUAAAUUACAA